AUGAAUGUUGGUCUUGCCAGUACAUACAUUGAACUGGAGGAUACUGAUGUUCUUGCUUUUGAUACAUCCGCCAAGAGCUGUCUCUUGGACGAGAACAAGCGGAUGACUGCUAAAGUGGAAGAUUUUCUUGAUGCCAUCAACCAGUCUCACCUCGAUACUGUGCUCACUGCACUGGCUUCAGGUGCUCAUGAAAUAUGUUCCAGAGCUCUUGUCAUACCAGGAACACAUCUCAAUACUCUUCCGCAUACAUGGAAUUUGACCUUCCAGUCCAAUGACCUCAGCAAGGAGGUGACGAUCAUGCUCGCUUUGAUUAACGGCGACCUGAAAGGCCUCUACAAGGACUUCUUCCCAAUAGUCUGGAAGGUCAGCACAUUUGGGAAGAUGGGUGCAUACAGGGCUCAGGCGACCUACACGAACCAACUUGCUUUCUCCAAAGCCCAGGUCGUGAAUGGGAACAUUAUCAGCGCUGGAACCUGCAUCAAGAUCAAUGACAGUGAGAAAACAACUCUGACCCAGGCCAACGAUGUCUAUCAUUUCUCUCCCCCUCAGGCGGGAACCUCUGGUAUCCUGCAGGCUGUGAACAAGACUGGAGCAGUUCAAGAUCUCACAAUCGGCUUUCUGAACAAAGGAGACUUGAUGCCCAUGCCCGCACUCUACUUCAACGAAGUUGGAGAUGAGAGUAUUGUCAAGGCCCAGUUCACUCCGAUCCUGCAUGUCUACAUCACGUCGGACUAUCAAGAGACCGCAAUCUUGUGA